UGGAGGCUGGAGCGCAGUGGGCCAUGUUAAAUUUGCAUCAUGUAGCCUACCGCGCGGACUGCCGCAUGAACAGCACGCUGUGACGAGAAGCAGCUAUCAUACAUAAUAACUGGAUACCGUUAGCUCGCGAGCAGGAGGAACCUGUUUUGGAGAAACUGGAGAUAUUGUGUUGGAAUGUAACCCACAAACACCACGUGUCCUCAUAUUGGUUUAAAACUAGGCCUAUAGUUUUACAGGAUUAGGAUUUUUGAUUGUCGAAGGAUUAUAUCAUAGCUCCCCCCUCACCUCCCCCCUCCCUGUUUUUUUUUACCCCAGGCUGUCUCUCUCCCUCCAACAACAUUCUCAACCUCCCGUCUCUCUUUCCAAUUCAACUCAACCCUCUCUAUCCCUUUCUCUCUAUCCCUUUCUCUCUGUAAUUCAACCAAUCAAUCCCUGUCUGUCACCCCGCCCUCCCGUGCCCCCACCACCUUUCUGAAACAUGUGUGGCUGACAUGGUUUACACUCGGACUUGGCUGACUUGACCAGAUUCAAAAAUCAAUACUGAUGCGCACCUAUGAGGAAACGAGUGGUUGACUAUACCAGCGUUGUCCGUCUCCCCCCGUUUCCCAGUACGACACACAGCAUCGGCUGUAUCAAACCUUCCGAAAACGCUCUGUCCGCCUGUUGGAUUGUGUGUGUGUCUGUCAGAUUGUCUGUGUGUGAGAGUGAUAGACACACAGAGAGACAGCAGGGCACAGAGAGACUCACAGUAACCUUCAAGGCACCCCCGGCGAAGAGAUGAAGGGAUAUUAAAGUGUUGGAUGGGGGAGGUUGCGCGUGCCACACUGAUUUGUAUACCGUGCUCGCGCUUCGACGCGAUGCUGACGGUAGUUUUCCCAAGACUGCGCAUGUAAAAGAGCAGGUGCACACGCGCGCGCGCGAAAACAUGCACACAUUCUCCCUCUCGCUCUGCUCUCUCUUGCUCAUAUUAUUCCCCCUCCUCUCCGCGCACGCAUGCGGGCGGGCGCUGAGGAGAACUUCAGGACAGGACACGCGAGGAGACUGGCGUAAGGGGAGCGUGACAGUGCUGUAAUGUGUAUUUACCGGAUCUUCUGAAAUAUUUCAUCCCGCGCAGGAGGGAAGAGAGCAUGGCUCAGACGGGAUGGCGGCUCCUGCUGCUGCUGCUGCUCUGGUUUGAUUUGACAGGAGCCAAGGGGGUCAAGGGCAAGAAAGGCCAGAAAGUCAUCUGUCCAUCGCAAUUGUCAGCAGAGGAACUGGCCCAGGUUCCCGCAAACUCCACCAGCAACAUCCUGAACCGUCUGAUGGUCAGCUAUGACCCCCGCAUCCGACCCAACUUCAAAGGCAUACCAGUUGAAGACAAGGUGAACAUUUUCAUCAACAGUUUUGGUUCUAUCCAGGAGACCACCAUGGACUACCGGGUGAAUAUUUUCCUCCGCCAGCGCUGGAAUGACCCUCGCCUCCGCCUCCCGACCGACUUCAAGAGUGAUGCGUUGACGGUGGACCCCAAAAUGUUCCAGUGUCUUUGGAAGCCCGAUCUGUUCUUCGCCAACGAGAAAAAUGCCAACUUCCACGACGUCACGCAAGACAACAUACUGCUAUUCAUCUUCCGCAACGGAGACGUGCUGAUCAGCAUGAGGCUGUCAGUCACGCUGUCCUGCCCCCUGGACCUCACCUUGUUCCCCAUGGACACCCAGUUCUGCAAAAUGCAGCUAGAGAGCUUUGGUUACACCACCAGCGACCUGGUGUUCAUGUGGCAGUCAGACCCAGUUCAGAUGGAUGAGAUUGCUCUGCCGCAAUUCGACAUCAAACAGGAAGACAUCGAAUACGGCAACUGCACCAAAUUCUACCCCGGCACAGGCUACUACACAUGUGUGGAGGUGAUCUUCAUGCUGCGGAGGCAGGUGGGGUUCUACCUGAUGGGUGUGUACGCGCCCACGCUUCUCAUUGUGGUCCUGUCAUGGCUCUCCUUCUGGAUCAACCCCGAUGCCAGCGCUGCCAGGGUGCCCCUAGGGAUCCUGUCAGUGCUAUCUCUGUCCUCAGAGUCCAUGUCUUUGGCCUCGGAGCUUCCAAAGGUCUCCUACGUUAAAGCCAUAGACGUCUGGCUCAUCACCUGCCUGCUUUUUGGCUUCUCCUCAUUAGUGGAGUAUGCUGUAGUGCAGGUGAUGUUGAACAGUCCCAAACGCAUUGAGGAGGAGAAGUCCAAGAUGGCGACCAAGGAGAAAGCCCUGAGAGAGAAGGAGGGCAAAAAGACGCCCUCCAAGACCCCCAACACAGUCAACGGCACGGGAGGAACUCCCAUCCAUGUCAGCACUCUGCAGGUUGUGGAGACCAGGUGUAAGAAGGUGUGUACAUCUAAGUCAGAUCUGCGCUCCAGUGACUUCAGCAUCGUAGGCUCUCUCCCCAGGGACUUUGAGCUGUCCAACUUCGACUGCUACGGCAAGCCCAUCGAGGUCAGCGGCGCUCUCAAAUCACAGGCCAAGAACAACAAGAAGCCAGCACCCCCCAAGCCUGUCAUCCCUGCUGCAGCCAAACGCAUUGACCUGUAUGCACGUGCACUGUUCCCCUUCACAUUUCUGUUCUUCAACGUAAUUUACUGGUUUGUGUACUUGUACUCUGGCCCCUAAGUGCAAAAUCAUUGAGAUGGUGAUACAAGCAUGACAUUUUCCAUGUGGUUCACCUUUAGGCUACUUAAUAGGAAAUUCAAGUUAGCCAGACAAAAUUUGAAUAUGGCUGCCAUUUUUCAAGAUGGACACCGAAUGAUAGCUAGUGAAAGCAAUUCUCAACGUACAAUAAAAGGAAAACCAUUUAAAAACUCCGCGAUUCAAUUCCCACUUAGGGUCAAUUCCUAUGUUUUGAAACAUGGAUAUUCUAUUUUUGCACCAUCCGUGUUUUGUAGGAUGGAAUAAUUCAUAAUUUUUGAAAGGUUCAGAACAUUUUAUGUCUCAGUGGCCUAAUAGAAAGCAUUCUUUUGAAACAUUUGAUUUUGUAUCGUUAAACAUGAGUAUACAGCUUUGAUGUACCUCCUCAAAGUUGCUUCAGUACCUUCAUCUAACCAGACAGGGACAUUUUUUGCACUCACACUGUAUCCAUCCUGAUCUGUACUAUAUUGGUGGACAUUUAGGAUCUUCCUUUUCCUCCAGUUGACAAAGACAGCACUUGUUCAAUCUAUUUUCCCCUUGGACAAAGAUUCUCAAAUGUCAGCCAUAUUCAAGAAGAAAAAAAAUGAUAUACAAUUAAAGGCAGAAGGUUUAACCUUUUCCUAUCUUAAUUGUACACACUUUCUUGUAUGGUUAUUUUUAUAUCAACUAACCCCUUGAUGAGUUCCUGUGCAAUAUUUGGUGCUUGUAUCACAAAGUGAAUGACUCCACCAAACUUUGUACUUAGCUGCCCCCCCCACUACUGUGAGGGGUGGGGGGAAGGUGGAGUAGAGAAACUGGGGAUGUGGAGAAUGUGUGCGGUGAGGU